UUUAGGAAAAUCACUCUUACGCCCCUACCUCUGCCUCACUUUCUAUUCCCUUGUAAAUAUCAAUUGAAGUUGAAGAAAAAUUCGGGCUCAAUCCAAGAUAGAGAAAAGAGAGAAGAAGGGAAUCGAGCAUCACCUUCUUCACCAGGUCAAAAGGAGAAAAUGGCUGGACGCAAUGAUUCAGGUGCAUCUGAGAAGAAAUCAAAUGAGGCCACAAAUGAUAUGCCAACUUUCAAUGCCGAGAAUUUGCAAAGUAACAUGAAAAUUAUUUAUUACAGCCGAACAUUUUUGUCCAUCAUUGGUGGAGUCAUUGCUGGAAUUUUGGGAUUUACUGGCUUCACUGGCUUUAUAUUUUACUUUCUUGUUAUGGCAAUUACUUCAGUAGGACUCAUGGCCAAGGCAAAGUUUUCUGUGCAUUCAUACUUUGAUUCCUGGAACCGUAUCAUACUUGAUGGCUUCCUUGGUGGGCUUAUGUCAUUCGUGCUGUUCUGGACAUUGGCUUAUGAUAUUGUGCAUAUAUUCUGAGAAACAUGAACACCGCCUGCACGGAAGGAAAGGGAGCUGGUCUGAAGCUGUGCAUGUGAUGUCACGUUGCCUGCUGCCUUGCAUUCGGUUUAAUGCAAAACCGCCGUAGGAAGAAGACAUGAUCCAGUAUAAUUGAUUUUAGUUAUUGUUUUUUUAACACAAUAUAUCCACCGUGCUUUUCCAUUUUACUCCACUGCUAUGAAUAUUGUUUGAUCUGAUAAACGCAGACACCAAGUUUAGGAUCAAUUGUGUAGCAGGGAGAACUAAUUUUCCGUAGAUUCAGUAUUAAAGCUUAUGUGCUUGUUGGAA